AUGUCCAAGCAGUGGAGCUGUGCAUCACUGCAAGCAGGGUAUGAGGCUGUUAUGGGAGACUCCGAUGCCGAUUUAGCCCACCAAGAGGAGAUGCUGAAGAAGCAGAUAGAGGAGAUGGAACGCCUCGCAUUAAUGCCGAUGCUGGCCUCCUCGACGUUGGCCCCUGUUCCCGAGCAGGCUGAUGAGUUGAGGGAGAACCUGAACACUGUGAAUUUUCCAGCUCCCCCUGCUGCUGUGCAGCCUGCUGAAGUUCCGCCUGAAGUGCAGGAGCUGCUUCGAGAAGCAGCACGUGCACGCAUCCUGCGAAUGAUCGCUCCGAAAAAGAAACGAACCGAUCUUUCCGUUCCGGAAUAUGUUCGCGAACAGUGGCACCGUGGAACGAAAGCGAAAUCGGAAAUGGAGGAGUUGCUCCUCGAGCACAACGGAGACAAGGAUCGGGGAUCGGGAGUUGUAAAGACCUAUGUUGUGUGCUUGGUUUCCUGCAUAACAUACUCUGUGGUGGAGGAGAAAUUCCUGUCCGAGCUCCUCCUCAUCGUGAAGAAGAUUAAGAAAUUCGUCGUUAAGAAGGAUCAGGGAUGGUACACAGAACCAGAAAUGAAGGCGGACCUUGGAGCCAAGAAGAUCUGUGAAGCUGACCCAGCCUUGCACCGGCGGAAUCAAUAUGACGGCCAGUGGGAAUACUAUGUUACUGUUCGAGAGACGGCAGUGCACAGUCAGACGCAUGAAAUUACCGAAGAGCAGCGGCAAUCUGGAAAGGCUGCGAAACCUUUGGAGUUCAAGCCUGACGAGUUUGCAGACCUGGAGAAGGCCGCGGCCCGCGGAAGCCAGCCAUCGGACCUCCGGGCGAACUAUUCACAGGAUUGCCAGAAGUCGGCGGAUGGAUUGGAGGAACAUGUCUUAAAGCUUGAGGCGGAGCAUGGGAAACUGACCGAUCAGAUGGCCAAAGGCGAGGCUGACGGCUUCAACACAACGUCGAGCAGUGCCACGGCCUCUGAGCUCCAGGUGCGGUGGCUGGGCUUCAAUUUGUGA